AACUGAGUCACUCACGCCUUUCAUAAAAAUACAUCCAAGUUGUGCCAGUUCUCUGCACUCAGCUUCAGGGCAGGGCAGCCUCUCUGCUGUUGUGAUGGGUGAUUUCUGGGGCUCUGGCUCCCAUGCCCCCUCCUUUUGGACCGGUGCCUUGGCGGGAACCGCCCCGGAGCUCGGCGCACAUGCACGCCCACCAGCGCCCGGAAGAUGACCAGGCUGCUCCUGGGGGUGACCCUGGAGAGGAUCUGCAAGGCCGUGUUGCUGCUCUGCCUGCUGCACUUCGUCAUCAUCAUGAUUCUCUACUUCGACGUCUACGCCCAGCACCUGGACUUCUUCAGCCGCUUCAAUGGCAGGAACUCCUCCCGGGCCCAGUCCUCCAACUCCUCCCGGCCCAACGGCACCGCCCCCAGCUGUGGGCUGGCCAGCGCCGACCCAGCCUCCAGUGCCAACCGCUCCGGCACUGAGAAGCCCUUACCGCUCUGCCAGGAGGUGCCGCCUGGCUUAGUUGGCCGGCUCCUCAUCGAGUUCAACUCGCCCAUGAGCAUGGAGCGGGUGCAGCGGGAGAACCCAGACGUACAGGAGGGUGGCAAGUACGUGCCCCCGGACUGCCAGCCCCGUCAGAAGGUCGCCAUCCUCAUCCCCUUCCGCCACCGGGAGCACCACCUGCGCUACUGGCUGCACUACAUGCACCCCAUCCUGCGCCGGCAGAAGGUCGCCUACGGCAUCUACAUCAUCAACCAGUACGGCGAGGACACCUUCAACCGGGCCAAGCUGCUCAACGUGGGCUUCCUGGAGGCCCUGAAGGAUGAGGACGACUACGACUGCUUUAUCUUCAGCGAUGUGGACCUGGUCCCCAUGGACGACCGCAACCUCUACCGGUGCUACGAGCAGCCGCGGCACUUCGCCAGCGCCAUGGACAAGUUCAGCUUCAGGCUGCCUUACGCUGGCUACUUCGGGGGCGUCUCAGGCCUGAGCAGGUCCCAGUUUCUGAAGAUCAACGGCUUCCCCAAUGAGUACUGGGGCUGGGGAGGCGAGGACGACGACAUCUUUAACCGGAUCUCUCUGAACGGCAUGAAGGUGUCGCGUCCCAGCGGCCACAUCGGGAGGUACCGCAUGAUCAAACAUGAGCGCGACAAACACAACGAGCCCAACCCACAGAGGUUCACCAAGAUCCAGAAUACCAAGGUGACGAUGAAACGGGACGGCAUCAGUUCCCUGCAGUAUCAGCUGGUGGAGGUGACACGCUGGCCCAUGUACACGAACAUCACGGUGGACAUCGGCAAGCCGCCCUCACGCCCAGCCCGGGGCUAGCACCUUCCCCCGGCCCACGGGAGCCUGAGGCUGGAGCCUAGGGCUGGCCGUGCCCUGGCAGGGGAGGCUCUGUGCCCUGGGCUAGCUGGAUGCAGAGGAGCCUCGCCGUGGCCCCGGGGUGCGGAUCGAACCAGGACGUGUUCGGCCCCCUCUGCUUGCCUUCUGGACAUGGCUGCACCCCAGAAUCCCCCCCUCACCGCACGCCAGUUAGCCCUGCCCCGCGGGCCGGGGACAAUGCAGCAGCCCCCCACUAUCCAAAACGGCCCUAGCCAGGAGCUUGGGGGAGCUUCAGGAUCCUGCUAACAAGCUCCCCUCCUUUACGAGGAGAUCCAAGCACUGAACUCCUGCAGCUUCCCCAGGGCGGGGAUGCUCUGCGCUGUGCUGGGCCAGGCAUGCCACCCCAUUGCUGCCCUGACUGGCUCAGUCUGGGCCAGCGGCAGCAGGGGCUCUGUGCCCCAUGGGUUCAGCUCUAGCUGGGCCAGGGCUCGGUCUGUGGUGCUCGCAGGGCUCCCGUGGGGCAGUAUGGCUGGGAGAGGGGCCAGUGUGGCUUCCUCUCACCAGCUCCCCCUCCCGCCCUGCCAUGUGUGAUGCCUUCUCCAGUGGGGCACAGGGCUCUGAGCACAGAUGCAGCCCCUCUUGCUGUCUUCCUCGGCCAUCUCAGCUAGUGCUUAGAGCCCAGGCCAGGACACCUGGGUCCUACUCUCAGCUCUGCCCCCCUUUGUGCCUCAGUUUCCCCCUGCCAGGGUCUCAUGGGCUGGCCCCUCCUGCACACUGCAGCUGUGUGUGUGGAUGUACUGUAUCUUGGGGGCUUCAAAGGGACUAUUUCCAUCCUGGCCCUGCCUGCGGGCUGCACUGAGGGUUUCAUAAAUUGGGGGAGCCCUUGUCUGCCCUGUUCCCUCCCUGCAGCCCCCCCGAGCAGCUGCUCCACUUAGCAGAGGAAGGCAUCUCAGCCUGGAGAGGCAUCACACCAAAAGGGCUGCGUGUGCAAGGAAGGUUGGAGGCUCUGUGGAUCUCCCCAGCUGCAGGCCCCGGACCCAGCCCCUUGCACGCUGUCCCCUGGUGCUUCCUGCUAGGCAGCCCUGCACCUCCCCUGCCUGCUGCCUCCAGCCGCGCCUGCUGCUCACCCCCCCAAGGGCCCCUUUACACCCCAGAACAUUCCAGCCCCAGGGCCAGGGCCUGUUUGCCUGGUUCCCUCGGAAGGGGAAGGCUCCUUGGUGGGGAUGGGCACUGCUGGCCGUGGAGGGCAGGAGCUGGUGGUGGGGCAGAGCCCUGUGGGGUUCCCUCCCUCUCCCCCCCAGGGCCAUUGCUCCAGCUCCAUGUGUAGCUGAACCUGUCCACCCCCAUGACCCCAUCCCUUGCUGCCUGCCCUGGACGGGCCCCAAGCGUGCUGCGUGCAAGAACACUGCCAGGGGGCAAUGAACUGUACCACCUCGACUGCCAGGGAGUGGGGGGGCACCGCACCCUGCCCAACCCCCUCCCCUGCCACAUCCCACUGCUCCCCCCAGUUCUGAGCCCAGCCCUAUCCGGGAGCGAUGAGAGACGAAAUCAGUGCCUCAGUGUGGUGAGCGGGGGGCCCCCCGCAGUGCUGAUGCUCCCUCUGGACAUUGGGGGGUGAGGAAGGCAGCGGGCAGCAUGCCCAGGCCAGGGGCACCGCUGACUUUUGUACAUUUGAAUGUUUGACCUGUUUUGAGCGUAUCCUGAAUGCAGCCUUUGGUCCCAGCGACCAGACUUUUGUAUUUAAUAAAGUUGCAAAAAUUCA